AUGAACCCUUCCAACCCACCUCAAGCUGCCGAGUAUGGCGGAGACGAGGUGUCCGCAAUUGUCCUGGACCCAGGAUACGCAACCACUCGCGCAGGCUUCGCAGGUGAAGAUGCUCCCAAGUCACUGAUCCCCACCUACUACGGAAAGUACAACGCCGACGGACAAGAAAAGCUCAUCUACGGCGAUGAUAUCUUCGUUACCCCGCGACCUGGUCUGUCCAUCCACAACCCUAUCAACAAGGACGGAAUCGUCGAGGAUUGGGAUAUGGCAGAGAAGGUGUGGGAGCACUCAUUCACUUCGCGACUCACCGGAACGAAACCGGGCAACCCUUUCCAGAAUGGAUUGAACGACAUUCCUAGCGAAGAGCUCCCAACAGAGAUGGAGGUGGAGUCGGAGGAGAAGCCUCUCUCGGACAGCCCAUUGUUGAUGACGGAGCCUGGAUGGAACCCGGCCAAGGCGCGUGAGAAGACCAUUGAAAUCGCAAUGGAGAAAUGGGAUACCCCAGCCUUUUACCUGGCGCGCACAGGUGUUCUUGCUGCUUUUGCUUCUGGCAAGGCUUCUGCCCUCGUUGUCGACAUUGGCGCUUCUAACAUCUCCAUUACUCCGAUCCACGACGGUAUGAUCCUGAAACGUGGUGUGCAACACUCUCCGUUUGGAGGUGACUACAUUUCGUCGCAGAUCAACGCAUUGUUCAAAUCUAACUCUCCGCAACCGAUUACAAUUACGCCACACUACCUUAUCAGCGCAAAGGCUGCCGUCGAAGCUGGUCAAGCUCCCCAGGCGAAAUACAAAACUUUCCCUGCCGACAAGGCACCUGAUGCGUCAUACCGCGCCCUUCUCGAGGAGCGUACACUCGGCGAGUUCAAAGAAUGUGUCGUUCAGGUGUGGCCCGGGCCAACCAGACUCUCUGCCCUUGGACCCACGGGCGUUUCCAACGAGGAUAUGGCCCGUACCUCGCCCGGCCGUCCCUUCGAGUUCCCCGAUGGAUACAACCAGGUGUUUGGUGUCGAGCGCUUCCGCGUGGUGGAAUCGCUGUUCGAUGCCAAGGCUGCCAUUCCCGAUCCCGAAUCUUCUUUCGCUCCCCCUACUCCCGCCCAAACCAUCCCAGAACUUAUCAAGGCCUCUUUGGCUGGCGUUGAUGUGGAUAUCCGUCCCCACUUGCUGGCCAAUGUCGUUGUGACCGGCGGCUCAAGCUUGCUCUAUGGCUUUACAGACCGUUUGAACCAUGAGCUGAUGCAGAUGUUCCCUGGCCCCCGAGUUCGUGUUACCGCCCCUGGUAACACCUCAGAGCGUCGCUUCGGAUCUUGGAUCGGAGGAAGUAUCUUGGCCAGCCUGGGAACCUUCCACCAGAUGUGGAUCUCCAAGAAGGAGUACGAGGAACAUGGACCUAACAUCGUGGAGAAGCGUUGCAAAUAA